AUGAAUGGGUCGGGGCUGCCUUGUCCUAUCUUUAUUGAACGGUUCAGCCUGCAACACAGUGGUAACUCGCAAUAUGACCGGCCGCUCCGAGCCAUGAACACACUGCAGUCCACUUCACACCAGUAUCCUUACAUCACUAACACACUGAUCAACAGGUAUCCUUACAUCACUAACACACUGAUCAACAGGUAUCCUUACAUCACUAACACACUGAUCAACAGGUAUCCUUACAUCACUAACACACUCAUCAACAGAUAUCAUUCUACCACUAACACACUCAUCAACAGGUAUCCUUACAUCACUAACACACUCAUCAACAGGUAUCCUUACAUCACUAACACACUCAUCAACAGGUAUCCUUACAUCACUAACACACUCAUCAACAGGUAUCCUUACAUCACUAACACACUGAUCAACAGGUAUCCUUACAUCACUAACACACUCAUCAACAGGUAUCCUUACAUCACUAACACACUCAUCAACAGGUAUCCUUACACCACUAACACACUGAUCAACAGGUAUCCUUACAUCACUAACACACUCAUCAACAGGUAUCCUUACAUCACUAACACACUCAUCAACAGGUAUCCUUACAUCACUAACACACUCAUCAACAGGUAUCCUUACAUCACUAACACACUCAUCAACAGGUAUCCUUACAUCACUAACACACUCAUCAACAGGUAUCCUUACAUCACUAACACACUCAUCAACAGGUAUCCUUACAUCACUAACACACUCAUCAACAGGUAUCCUUACAUCACUAACACACUCAUCAACAGGUAUCCUUACAUCACUAACACACUCAUCAACAGGUAUCCUUACAUCACUAACACACUCAUCAACAGGUAUCCUUACAUCACUAACACACUCAUCAACAGGUAUCCUUAUAACAUGUACAAGAUGUCUAACUUGUGCACAGUAAUCUUCAAGAUGACACGUAGGUACUUACAAUAA